CUCUUCCUCCACCCCAGACAAGACACAAGACAACUAGAGAAAAAUGAACCCCUAUGCACAAGAUGCAUCAUCCAUAAUAGAAGAGGAAAUCAAGAAAAAGCUCUUCAGAAAUGCCAUGAAGAGCAACUGGCAAGAAGUCAUCAACAUAUACAAACAACACCCACAGUCCCACAAGGCCCAGACCACCAGAUCCGGAGACACCGCAAUUCACAUAGCAAUAUCCGACGGCCAAGAAUCGAUAGUGGAAGAGCUCGUUUCCAUAGUCUCGAAAACCACACCCUCAGCUCUGGCCAUCGAAAACGAACUCGGAAACACGCCCCUCCACUUUGCUGCCUAUCUCGGAAACAUCGAAAUGUGCAGCUGCAUUGCAACAUCAGACUUGAAACUCAUAGGUGUGCGUAAUAAAGAAAACGAAACUCCCUUCUUUAUAUCCGUACAGCAUGGCAGAAAGCACGUUUUUCUCCGCCUCCAUUCAUUUUGUAAAAACGGAGAGGGGUAUGAAUAUGGCAGGAGGAACGAUGGCGAGACCAUUCUUCACUCCGCUAUCUCGGGAGAAUAUUUCGAUAUAGCGUUUCAAAUAAUUCACCUGUACGACAAGCUUCUCAACGCGGUAAACAUGCAUGGAUUAUCACCACUUCAUCUUCUGGCAAGCAAACCAUCUGCCUUCAGAAGUGGAAACCAUAUUAGAGGUUUCCAUAAACUUAUUUAUCAUUGUAUAUUUGUUGAUGAGCUGGAGCUAGAAUACAACCACACUCUAUCUGAAGGCCUUAACUACGAAGAAAACGCCGGAUAUCCAGAGAAUUAUCAGACCUGCGUAGGCUUCAUUUUCUUGCUGAGGAAUAUAAUAUGGGUACUGAUGGGUCACAGCAGUCAACAACAAGAUUCAAAGAAUCCAAAGGGUCAGAGACAUGUUAAUAAACAAGGAAGUAUUGUGUCUGAAGACAAUGUUGUUGGCAAAAAUCAAGAACUAGUUGGCUCUAGUAAAAACACGAUGAACCAGCAAACAGAUCCAGAGGGGCAGCAAUCAUCUGAUCCAGACGCAUCCAGCAGACCCAAAGCUCAAGGACAUCAAUUAUUUCCGGAGAACUACUUCACAUGCUUUCAUGGUCUCAAAUCUUUGUCCAAAGCAAUGCUGGUGAUUCUUGGCUUAGGGUCGAUGCAAAUAGUAAAGCUCCGAGAGAAGAAGGAGAAGCAUAUAUGGUCAGUCCAAAUCAUGGAAAAAUUGCUCGAUCAUGCAGCUUCCUAUGAAUACGAAGACAAUGGAAGGACCCCACAACAUUUACCACCACGAAUAAAAGAAACAACACCUUAUGCCCUCGUUGAUGAUGAAAGAAAGACAGAUGUGGAAAUGGAGAAGAGAGAAACACCGAUUCUUAUUGCGGCAAGGAAUGGCAUAACUGAAAUAGUGGCUAAGAUCCUCGAACUAUUUCCGGUGGCCAUACACGACAUGAACAAUGAGAGGAAGAAUGUAGUUCUGCUUGCGGUUGAGAACAGGCAGCCACACGUGUACGAAUUCUUAAUGAAACGAAAAAUAAUGAAAGAAACCAUUUUCCGCAAAAUGGACAAAGAUGGCAAUAGUGCUCUGCAUCUUGCAGCAAUGUUGGGUGAAAACAAACCCUGGCUCAUCCCAGGUGCUGCACUGCAGAUGCAAUGGGAAAUUAAGUGGUACGAGUUUGUGAAGAAUUCAAUGCCGAUGCACUUUUUCAUACGGUACAACCAGAAGGGGCAAACGCCGAGGGAAAUAUUCAGUGAAUCUCACCAGAAACUGCUCAAGGAGGGCGGAGAGUGGCUGACGAGCACCUCCGAGUCGUGCUCGGUGGUGGCGGCGCUGAUUGCAACGGUGGCGUUCGCGACCUCAGCCACCGUCCCCGGCGGAGUGAAGUCGGACAUCGGCACACCGACGCUGGAAAAUCAACCGGCGUUCAGCAUAUUCGCAAUCGCUUCCCUAAUUGCGCUGUGCUUCUCCGUCACGGCGGUCGUGAUGUUCCUGGCGAUUCUCACCUCCAGGUACCAGGAGAGAGAUUUCGGGAAGGACCUGCCGAGGAAGCUUCUAGUGGGGCUGACGUCACUGUUCGUGUCGAUAGCUUCUAUGUUGGUGUCGUUCUGCGCGGGGCACUUUUUUGUGUUGAAGAAAAAGCUACAGUACGCCGCCUUCCCGGUGUACGCAGUAACUUGCUUGCCGGUGACAUUUUUCGCCGUCGCGCAGUUUCCGUUGUAUUUUGAUCUUGUGCGGGCUACUUUCCGGAAGGUGCCACAGAGGAGCUACAAGUGAGAUCGAUCCGAACAAGAAAUUGUAUUGAGUUUGUUGCGCGCGUGGUCUUUUCAUUGUUUUCUUGGGUAAACGAAUUCCGAUUUUUAUCCCCUAAACUCAAUUUGGUUCCACAGAUUAGUCAAAAUUAAUUGAAUAGUAAAAUUUAAUUUGAUGUUCGAUUGGUGUUGUGAAAAUAAUUUUAUCGUGGUUUACACGGCUAAUUGACCCACAAUUAAUUAGAUAUCGGAAAGUUCAAUAAAGUUGUUGUAUUUUUUUAUAUUUGAGAUAAUAUUUUAAUAUUUAUUGA